AGUGAACACURAACGACUGAAACUGAACACGAAUCCGUUCGCUGAUUGUUUUCGUUUACUCUGGAAUUCGGAUUUUCGUUGAUGUCAAUAUAAUUUCUAUUUAUCUAAAGAAAUAAUCAAACCGUUUUUCGUCUCAUCGUAGAUUGGUGCUGCCCAUUCCGGAAUAUUAGAUUCACAAACAGUUAGAAAUGUGUUCGGUGUUGGUGAUCGGAGAUAUGCACGUGCCGUUCCGCAGCAGUGGACUGCCGGCCCAAUUCAAGAAGCUCUUGACUCCGGGUAAAAUACAACAUGUCUUGUGCACGGGCAACCUGUGCACAAAAGAGAUGUACGAGUUCUUAAAAUCGAUUGCCAAUGACGUGCACAUUGUGCGUGGUGAUUUCGACGAGAAUCUCAAUUAUCCAGACCAAAAAGUAGUGAAUGUCGGACAGUUUAAAGUGGGCUUAUGCCACGGCCAUCAAGUGAUACCGUGGGGCGAUCCAGAAUCUCUGGCACUACUCCAGAGGCAACUAGAUGUAGACGUACUAGUGUUUGGUCACACUCACAAGUUUGAUGCGUUCGAACUUGGGAAUAAAUUUUUCUUAAAUCCAGGAUCAGCUACUGGAGCUUUUAAUCCAUUAAACCCUGACAUUAUUCCUUCUUUUGUGGUAAUGGAUAUCCAAAGUUCAACAGUGGUAUCAUAUGUCUAUAGGUUGGUUGACGAUGAAGUAAAGAUUGAAAAAAUCCAAUACACGAAAAAAUAAACUGUGAUAUUUUAUAGCGAUAAUUUUCACAUAAUAUAUUAUUUUUAUAAUGGCUAAAUUGUUAUCAUCCAUAUUAUUUAUCUAUA